CUGCCGAGACUCAAACCGGCGCUGGUGGUAGUGCGACGGAAGGCGCAAGGAGCACCAGGAGUAGGGGGUCUACCUUGCACCUUCAGAGGUGGAUGACGCAACUGCCAGAAGCCGAGGAGAUGGACCCUCCUGAACCAGAUAUGGAGAUGUGGAGUGUUGAAGAGCUCAGGAAGAGAUCCAAGGAGCUUAAUCUAUUAGAAGUAGCUGAUCUAGUUAUAAACGCUCCAGAAAAUAAGGGCUCCUCACCUGCUGAGAAAAAAGAGACAGAACGAAGCCCGUCUAAAAGCAGUAAUUCUGGAAGUCAGAUAACAGUCCGAACGAGUCCAGUGGUAGUUGACACGAUCCCAGUAUGCAGACAGUGCCACAAAAAAUGCUUGUCAAAACCAAACAGUCCCUUAAUAUCCCAAAAAGAACCCCCCAUACCCGUCAAACCAAAACCAGAGCCUUCGCCACAAAACUCGAACUCUAACAAAAGUUCAACAAGUGCGUGUAGUGCAAACUGUGGUAACCGUAAGCCAAAAAACUUUAGUCAUUUAGAGCGAAAAGGUGCUAUCAAGAUACGUCCUGAAGAUGCCCCAUUAGCGGCCUUAAAAGUCAUAGACUCAAUUGAGCAAAGUCAAAAAAUGCUCAAGUCUACGUCCUACGAAUUGAAAACUGAUUCACCUAUUUUGAACCGAAGCGUCCACUCUCACUCAAGAAGCCAUACAAAGAGCCAAUUGGAAUUGAGGAAAGAACACUCCAUCAGAUCGCCAAGUCCAUCAUCUAGCAGUAGAAAUAAUAGUCCACUAUCAACUAGUCAUACAACAUGCAGUUCCAUGGUAUUUAAUUCUAGUUCUAACGACUUAAGAAUGUCUAACUCAAACAUUGCCAAUCAAGUACAAUGUGUCAUAGCACAAGAAAAAUAUUUGAAUGAAGUGAAAUGCGUUGAAAGCAUUACAUUGUCCAAAUCCAAAAUGACUACAUCCAGUUACCCAUCGCCAGCAUCAGCUAGAAAGGAGCAGAUUACACGACAAAAGGCUGAGAAUGUACUUAAUAAAGUAUUAGGUAUGAACAUUAUUACCAAAAGAGAAAAUGUAGGUUCAUGUUUAAGAACAUCAUCGGUUUUUUUAGAAGACGAUUCCAUUCACGAGGAUGAUAACGAUUUUAAAAUAGAUAGAGGUUUAAGGAGAUCCCCCAGAAUGGGUAUAUCUGCUGUUAGUAAAAUGAAUGGGGAUAUAAAUAAGAAGACUGAGCGCACAGAAGAUUUUAAUGCUAACACUAAUCCGAGUGAGCUAGGUUCUGAUGAAGAUUUAGAGUUAGGACCGCUUAUGCUGAUGGGCUUGUCGGCCAUCAACCCAGCAGCGCACCUGAUGCGUGUGGAGCCGUUCAAAAGGCAGACAGUUGGAAAUACCAACAAUUUGUCGAGACCGGGCAGCCUUGGUUCGGUCAAGUCCGAGUCACCGGUCCCCAACAUAGCUGUAGUCCCACCAACUCCGGAUUACAACACCACCAAUAAGACUAUGAAAACCCACUUCGAUCUGAUGUACUUGCAGGAUUCACUGAUAGAUGACUCCCCAGAUUCUCCUGAUGUGCCGGAAGAUCUGCCUUACAUAUCUCUCAAAAGAUACGGCACAAUGUCAAGCCUGGAGAGGCUACCGUCCGAUGAGACUGACGAUGGCAACGUAAGACUGACGGCACAGGAGCCUGAGCCUAUCAAACCUUACAACCCAGGUAUUAGUAAUAUUAUGAUAGAUACUAGUAAAAAAAUUGCAAUCCAAUCAGUGCCUUUUAGCUAA